UUCCUAAAUAUCAAAUCCUCUCUUGUUAGUUCCUAUACACCUAACUCCCUCGUGUAAUAUUACAGAAAAAUAUUUUGAUACACCAUGCACACUAUUGCAUACAUGUAUAAACUCAUAUUCAACUCUUGCAUUGCAUACUUUCUUCUUUUCUCUCUCUUGUUUGUGCAUGGCAAAGAAUUGUCAUGCAAUCAAACUCCAUACCCUCAUGUGUGCAACCAUUAUAUUGGAACCACCACAAAUAAACUAUCAACCCUAGAUUCUUCUUCUUCCUUCCAUGAUAUUGUACUUAAGGUUACCUUGGACCAAGCCAUUGAAGCACACAAACUUGUAUCAACCAUGGAAUUAAAUAAUUUCAAAGACAAGCAUGCCAAAUCAGCAUGGGAGGAUUGUUUAGAGCUUUAUGAGGAUACAAUAUAUCAACUCAAACGCUCAAUAAACUCAAACAACCUAAAUGAUAAAUUAACUUGGCAAAGUGCUUCCAUUACCAAUCAUCAAACUUGCCAAAAUGGUUUCAUUGAUUUCAACCUUCCAUCUCACUUAAAUUACUUCCCAUCCAUGUUAAGCAACUUCACUAAAUUGCUUAGCAAUUCUUUGUCCAUUAGCAACACUCUAACUUCAUCACAAUCAUCCUCAUCCUCAUCAUCAAGUACUAAGCAAAACGGAGGGAGAAGGUUGUUAUCAGAUGGAUUUCCAUAUUGGCUUUCAGGGUCAGAUAGAAAGCUUCUUCAGGCAACACCGGGUUCAGGGACAGGACCAAGAGCUGAUAUUGUGGUUGCACAAGAUGGAAGUGGGAACUAUAAGACAAUAUCUGACGGUGUGGCUGCAGCUGCUAAGCUUAGUGGGAAAGGGAGAGUGGUUAUUCAUCUGAAAGCAGGUGUUUAUAAAGAGAAUAUCGAUAUCAAAAGGACAAUGUCAAAUUUAAUGAUAUUUGGAGAUGGAAUGGAUUCUACUAUUGUUACUGGUAAUCAAAAUGCUAUAGAUGGUUCUACCACAUUUCGUUCAGCUACUUUCGCUGUUAUGGGAGAUGGUUUCAUAGCUAAGGACAUGACCUUUGAGAAUACAGCAGGACCCCAAAAACACCAAGCAGUGGCUCUCCGUUCCGGUGCCGAUCACUCUGUUUUCUACCGUUGCGCCUUCAAAGGCUUCCAAGACACUUUAUAUGUUUACGCCAACCGUCAAUUCUACCGUGACUGCAACAUCUAUGGAACAAUCGAUUUCAUCUUCGGUAACGCCGUUACUGUCCUUCAAAACUGCAACAUCUUUGUCAGAAAACCAAUGAGCAACCAACAGAACACCGUAACAGCACAAGGAAGAACAGAUCCAAAUGAAAACACUGGAAUUGUAAUACAUAACUGCCGUAUAACCGCAUCAAGUGAUUUGAAAGCGAUUCAGAAUUCAGUUAAAACAUAUCUUGGUAGACCAUGGCAGAAAUAUUCAAGAACGGUUGUUAUGAAAAGUAAUCUUGAUGGUUUGAUAAAUUCAGAAGGUUGGGCUCCAUGGAUGGGUGGUUUUGCUUUGAGUACACUUUAUUAUGGCGAAUAUAUGAAUGUUGGUGGUGGUGCUAAUACUGAUGGAAGAGUUAAAUGGCCUGGUUUUCAUGUUAUUACUAAUCCUUCAGAUGCAGUUAAAUUUUCUGUUGGUAAUUUUUUGGCUGGUGAUUCUUGGAUUUCUGGUAGUGGUGUGCCGUUUGAUGCAGGUUUGUGAAUAUUGAUUGAAUCAUUCAAAGAAAGUGAGAUGAUGUAUAGUGGAGAAGACUUGAAAUGAUGACUUUGGUGAAAGCAUGAUGGUGAUAAUUGAAAUCUAUAAAGAUAGAGAAAUUAUUGUCAUUUAGUUUUUGUUGGGUUUUUCCUUGUACAAAGGUUACAUAUAAGAUACUGUACUUUAGGGAAAUUAUUGCACAAACGUCAACCGUAGAUAAAUAGAUAGAUAAAAAUAAGUCACCAUUAUACCCAUGGAAAGAAAAUGUACCAAAACAAAAGGUUGUAAAGAAAAAAAUAAGUGUUGUAAAUAAAU